UUAACAUAUUACUUCGUCCAUAACUACCACAAUGGCCAACGUCGCUUUAAUUGGUUGCACCGGCAUGGUGGGAAGCCACAUCCUCACCUCUCUCCUCGCCAAUCCCUCCAUCGCUCGCAUCGACACCCUCUCCCGCCGCACCCCGCAACCCGCCACCACCGCACCCCAAGAAAAACUCACCACCUUCGUCUCCGACGACACCUCCAAAUGGGCACCCCAGCUCUCAUCCCUAACCCCACCCCCAGGCAUCUUCUUCUCCGCGUUCGGCACCACCCGCGGUGCAGCCGGCGGCUUCGAGAACCAAUACAAAGUCGAACAUGGCCUGAACGUGGAGCUGGCCCGUGCGGCGCGCGACGCCGGGGCGAAAGUCUACGUGCUGAUCUCUUCCGCCGGCGCGGACAAGAACUCCUCGUUCGGGUAUCCGCGCAUGAAGGGCGAGAUUGAGGAGGAGGUGAAGGCGAUGGGGUUUGAGAGGACGGUUAUUUUGCGUCCCGGGUUGAUUUCGGGGGAGAGGCAGGAGAGUCGGCCUGCGGAGGCGGUGGUGAGAUACUUUGCGGGAUUUGCGGGCAAGAUUCAUUCGGGGUUGAAGGAUGGGUGGGCGCAGGAUGCGGAUGUUAUUGCGAAGGCGGCGGUUAAUGCGGGAGUUAAGGCGUUGAAUGGGGAGGUUCCGGCGGGGAGUGAGAAGGUUUGGGUGUUGUUUGGGAAGGAGAUUAUUCAGUAUGGGAGGGAGUGA